AAUUCUUAUAUUUUGUUAGGUUACAUCAUUGCUUAAUGAUGCAAAGGCUGGCCUUCCCUUGAAUGCUCCCGGAGGCUCUUCUAGUACAAAUACGGCCACAAGCCAUUCAUUACCUUCUAUGUUUCCUGCUGGCAGUGCCCCUCCACUUUCACCCAGGAGUACAUCUGGUUCCCCUCGUAUAACCAAACAGAGGGCUGGUCCUUCUAAUUUAGGUUCUCCAUUGAAAGUGGUUAGUGAACCUGUUAAAGAGUUGAUACCUCAGUUCUACUUUCAAAAUGGUCGCCCGCCUCCAAAUGAACUAAAAGACCGAUGUCUAUAUCAAAUCAAUCAAUUUUUCUAUGGCCACCCAGAUGGACUGCAGAUACAUGAAUUCAAAUUAGUUACUAAAGAAAUAUGCAAGCUGCCAUCCUUCUUCUCCACAGUUCUUUUCAGAAAGAUUGAUGUUAAUAAUACAGGCUUUAUAACGAGAGAUGCAUUUGUUGACUAUUGGAUCAAUGGAAAUAUGUUGACGGUGGACAUGGCAACCCAAAUAUUUUCAAUAUUGAAGCAACCUGAACUCAAAUACCUUCUCCAGGAUGAUUUUAAACCCAUUCUUCGUGAGCUCUUGGCAACUCAUCCUGGUUUGGAGUUCUUGCAGAGCACACCUGAGUUUCAGGAAAGAUAUGCUGAAACUGUAAUAUAUAGAAUAUAUUACUAUAUAAAUAGAUCUGGGAAUGGUCAUAUUACCUUCAGGGAGCUGAAACGCGGAAACCUUAUUGAUGCAAUGCAACAUGCUGAUGAAGAAGAAGAUAUCAACAAAGUGUUGAGGUACUUUUCAUAUGAACACUUUUAUGUUAUAUACUGCAAGUUUUGGGAACUGGACACGGAUCAUGAUUUCUUGAUCGACAAAGAGAACCUUAUCAGAUAUGGUAACCAUGCACUUACCUACCGAAUUGUGGAUAGAAUCUUCUCUCAGAUUCCUAGAAAGUUCACUAGUAAGGUUGAGGGAAAGAUGGGCUAUGAAGAUUUUGUCUACUUUAUACUGGCAGAGGAGGACAAGUCGUCCGAGCCUAGUCUGGAAUAUUGGUUCAAGUGCAUUGAUUUGGACGGAAAUGGAAUCAUCACACGAAAUGAGAUGCAAUUCUUUUAUGAGGAGCAGUUGCACCGGAUGGAAUGCAUGGCACAAGAGCCUGUGCUUUUUGAGGAUAUUCUGUGCCAGAUAAUCGACAUGAUUGGGCCUUUGAAUGAGAAUUAUGUUACUCUCCGUGACCUGAAAGGUUCAAAACUUUCAGGAAGCAUUUUCAAUAUCCUUUUCAAUCUGAAUAAGUUUAUGGCCUUUGAAACUCGUGAUCCGUUUCUCAUUCGUCAGGAGCGUGAGAAUCCUACAUUGACAGAGUGGGAUCGUUUUGCUCAUAGAGAAUAUAUCAGGCUCUCAAUGGAAGAAGACGUUGAAGAUGCAUCUAAUGGAAGUGCAGAAGUAUGGGAUGAAUCACUUGAGGCUCCUUUCUAAGCUCAACUGGGUGCCUAAAGUUAAGUUCCAGUCAGAUUUUCUAUACUGGGCACCAGGCAGAGAAAUGAUGAGAGUUCUAAGAGGCAGUCCUUGAUUGGACUGUCCAGACAAAGACAGACAACAGAGACACACACAAAUACAGACACCUCUGACCUUUAUGGGAGAGAAAGUACGAGCUUGGCCUUCAGGUAUAUGACUUUACCAGCUGGAAGAAUAUGUAUUUAGGCCUCUGUGUCAUGGCUUGGCAAUAUAGAAAAGAACACAAUGAGGAAGCCCUGCUUAAUCUUACUGAACUUCAUGCAGAAGGGGGAGAAGGGAGGGGAUAUCUUCCGAGGUGAUUAAAGAAAUCCGGGUUAAAAGGUGCCUUAAGGACAUAUACAUUUUUUAUUUUUCAAUUUGUAAGAUAUCAUUUAUUUUAUCCCCUUUUUUGGGUAUCUCUUGACAUAGUUGGUUCUUCCAGUGCUUCUGUAUGGUCCUGUUUCUGUGCCAGGUGGGCAUGCUUCUUUCUUGUUUAUUUUUGAAAUUUUGUUCUGGAUUGAUCAUUCAGUACUUCAUUUCCUAGGUUUAUAAUUUUAGUUUUUGGCUAGGUAUUGUAUUGGUUUAGCGAACACUGAGGUGGGAAAUAGUGUCUUUGAAAAUUGUGAAUUUCUAUUGUCUAUUUAUUUUGAAUCGAAGUGUUGGGAGUUGCUUAUUGCAUCCAUUUCCUUGGAAGGA